GUCUAGAGCGGGGCGGGGCAGGGCGGGUCGGAAGUAGAUACCCAUGCCCCGCCCCACGCUACUGCGGGUCGGGUAAUACCCUCCCCAUCGCGGGUCGGGUAAUACCCGCAGGGCGGGUUGAAAUUGCCAUCACUAAUUCACUAUAGCCAGCCCUUAGAACACUUAAACUAUCUAGACACCAGCCCAACGCUCACCUAGCACCUAGCACUUUCUUGAACUUAGCUUUUUAUCAUUUGAUGUGUGCCAACCUGAAGUCCCCCAAUAGCCGUUGAAUCCUACAAAACAAAGAAAUUAGAAAGUAGAAACACAUCAUUAAAGCAUUGCCACAAAAUAUGGAUAUUGAAAUACUGUCUCUCCCUCUACAUAAUUGAUACCUCCUCCAAAUAAAAUAAGUGUCAGUUUCAUUCAAAUAUGUUAGAAAUAAGCAUCCGUCAUUUCGAAUUUCAUCUUAUUAGACCCCAUCAACUCUAUAUUAACUUGAUUGACUCCAUUACAGUCGUUUAACACAUUCGACUUCGUUGUCUUGUCGAAUCGAAAGCCGAGUUGAGUCACGCACAACAGCUCCUAAAACCAAAAAGAGAGCCCAAGGUUAGGAGGUUCUUCUGCUACUACAUCCGUUUUUGAAGUACGUGAGUCCAACACAUGAUUCAAUUUAAAGUCGGAAGUCACCAAAAUUUUAACAGUAGACUCCCGACUUCACACGGACUCUCCCCAAGAGAAAAAACAAAUUCUCCACUUGGCCGGAGGCCGGGAAAGUGACAACAGUCUCUGUUUUUUAAAAGAGAUUCAUGAGACAGCCCAUUAGCUCCCGCCUUUUCCUCUCUUCGCUUGUCUUCUUCCCUUCUGCAGGUUGGUAGCUAACCCACAUCUCUCCCUCUUCCCAAUUUGGUGAUGAAACCAAACCCCAAAUUUAACAGCUUUCGGGACAUUUCUUCCUUCUCCACUUCCACGGUCACAAAAAAUGGCAGAACAACUUUCAAACCCCCUGAGUUCCCCUGAUUUUUCUAGCGCAGUCCUAGUUAAGCAAAAUCCUUUUCUUUGGCUGAACAUGCCGAUGGAGAUACUAUCUGUUUGGUAUUUAUACACACUCCCACUACCCCAUUUUCUCCAGGCAAUCCCAGUCCUAGCUCUCCAACUCUCCCUGUUUCCUGUAACCUGAAAGAAAAAACAGAGCAUAGUCGCAAGAUGAAGCUUUACCUUGGAAUUGCUAUAAUCCUAGCUCUCCUUGCCCUGUCCAACUUGAACCAAACCCUUGGCCAUGGAAAGAAAUCUUCGCAUCAAUUAAAGAAGGAGCUGCUCCAUAAAGCCCACUUGAAAAAAGCUCUGCUUUAUAAGAAGCACCACCAGAAGAGCCAGGGCGUGGAAGGGAACUGGGUUCACGCUCACGCCACUUUCUACGGAGGCGGCGAUGCCUCUGGCACAAUGGGGGGAGCUUGCGGCUACGGAAACCUUUACAGCCAAGGCUACGGCGUGAAGACGGCGGCACUAAGCACAGCUCUGUUCAACAAUGGCAGAGCGUGCGGCUCCUGCUACGAGAUCACCUGCGUGGAAGACGCCCAGUGGUGCAUCCGCGGCGCGAUCACAAUCACGGUGACGAACCUUUGCCCGCCAAACUUCGACGAGCCGAAUGACAACGGCGGCUGGUGCAACCCUCCGCUGGAGCAUUUCGACCUCUCGCAGCCGAUUUUUCUCCACAUCGCGCAGUACAAGGCCGGGAUCGUGCCGGUGAAGUACAGGCGGGUGGCGUGCAAAAGAAAGGGAGGGAUGAGGUUCACGAUCACCGGGAGCGGGUCCUUCAAUUUGAUCCUGGUGAGUAACGUCGGCGGUAGCGGUGACGUGGUGUCGACGGCGGUGAAGGGGGCGACGGGCGGGUGGAUUCCGAUGACGAGGAAUUGGGGCCAGAAUUGGCAGGCCAACACCGUUCUUCUCGGGCAGGAGUUGUCGUUCAAAGUCACCAUCGGCGACGGGCGGUCGCUGGUUUCGCAUAACGUCGUUCCGGCGAGUUGGGGUUUCGGCCAGACGUUCUCCGGAAGUCAGUUUUGACAAAAGUAAAUACGCGCAAUUGGAGUCCAUUACGGGUCGCUAAACUUUGAGCUUGAGGAUAACCGGAAAAUCAAUUACAAAAAGAAAAUUCGAGUAAUUUCGUGGUUGUUGUCUAAUUAUAGUAGUAUUAUUAUAUGUAAAGUAUAUAAAUAACGUUUUUUUAGAGUUGUAUAAGAUCUCGUAUAACUUUCUUCCAAUAACUCGAAUUAUUGUAAUCAUAUGACAGUUUUCACUAUAUGAUGUGUUGUGGUUGAUUCCAACCUCGGGUUUAUAUUGGAGUUUAAGAUGUUAAUGUGUUUCUUAAUUAAGCUAUUGAGUAUUGACCAAUAGCAAUGUACUAGCUUAUUACCCGGCCCGUUGGCCGGAUUACUGUAUGUUACCCACUUGUGGAAUGGGAGAGAAAGCAAGUGAGAGUGAAGGGAUUGUGAUUCCACUUGAUUAGGACCGACCCACUAAUCUGAUUCUUCCCGACCCGCCCCAACCUAAAGGGUCAGAAAGAGUCAAUAAGAAAAUACGAACAGAGAGAAUUAGUAAUAUAUCUUGACUCUUCAGAAGUGGGUCAAACAGGAUCAAUGUUGGGUGAGGGCAAUUUUUAGCGCUAAGCAGAGUUCUGGGUUGAAUAACUUUACUUAGUCCUAGAAAUUGGUGCUGAUGCAGACUGCAGUUUUUAUCAUACCAUCAUCAAUCAUCGUUGAAUUAGUCCUAGGCAUCCCUCCCCGUUGUCGGUCUGAAUUUUAAUGAUGGCUUCAUUCCUUGCACCAGCCAUAUCGGCGAGUUGUCAUCUCGAGCAUGAUUUUCCUAUGUACAAAUGAUACAAUUAGAGUAUGAAACUGAUAUCAAAGAAAAGGAAAAGAGAAUUCUAUCACAUGCCAAUAAAUACACACAUAAUAGUUGAAGCUAAGUGAAAGUCAUUACUCGCACAUCAAUUCUCAAAAAUUACAGACUAAACAAUGGCUAGAAUGGCACUGAAACUACCAAAAAUCAUGGACGAAACAACUUGUCAAAUUAAAUAAUCAUUAUAAUGAAACUACCUUCUAACUUGAAAUAAUACAUGAUCACAGUUCAUAGCACUCUUAUCACUAUGAAUUGGUUGCAGCUCGUCCUUAUCACUACCUCCCAAGCUCAAUUCAAACAGAAUAGACACAGUUAUGUAAGAUAACCAUAUCCUUACUGAUCAUAAUUCCUUUCUUCACUCCAUUUUUGUCGGAGAAAAGAGUUAUCCCCCUCUCAUGCAUUUCCCUUUCCCCCUCUCUUCUCCCUCUUCUUCACAAACCGAUCCCUAAACCAGCAACAACAACACAAAAAUAGCCUUCGCCUCUGCCAUCUCCAUCUAUUGAACGCGUUGGUGGCAAGACAGGACUGUAGAAGCAAAAUUUUCUAAAAUCAAACUAAAUUUUUUGAAGGAUACUCAACCACGAAAAAAGAGUAAAGCAACAAUGCUAAUAGUUCAGAUGGUUGGUUUUGAUGUUAUACGUUGCUUUUGUUCUGGUCUCCAGUGUAUCAACUGCAACAGAGAUGUUUCCUCCAAUCAUCUUUAGUGCACGAUUCAGAAGUAAGUCCUCUUGUUUGUGUCAAACGGAAACAUUCAUGGGUUCUUAACUCCCCUGUUAGUGUAAAUGCAGCAGCAGCAAAGAAGUUUGACAACACAGCAAGCACCCAGGCAAAAUGAUACAAUGCAGUAGGUGAUAUGUGUCUCGAAGGUUUUGAGUUACUAAAGUUCAUGUUAAAAA